AUGAUGGCGAAGAUUAGAACGGAUGCUCCGGUGAUGCUUCCGGAGACUCCUCCUCGGAGCAGUGAGGUUGGAGAGAUCGACACGCGCCCUCCCUUCCAAUCCGUUAGAGACGCCGUUGGUUUGUUCCGCCAAGUUAGCUUUUCAAAGCAACAACCACCGCGUCCCUCCUCCUCCACCUCCUCCUCCUCUCAGGAUGCAACGGAUGUGUUGUUGGAGAAAGAGGCGCAGCUUCUGUUAGCAGAACAAGAAAUGGAUAGAGUCAAGCUAUGUCUUGAUGGCUCUGUCAAAGCUAAAGCACGAGCUCUCUCUGAUCUCGACUCUGCUCAGCGAAAGGCCGCUGAUUUGAGGGCUAAACUCGAAGCCACCAAGAAAUCGAGGAAAUCUGCAAUCUUGACCAGUCACACCAUGAAACAACGGUUAGAGGAACUUCAAUCUGAAAACAAAGAAGAGAUCGCGAGAGAGAGCUACAUUCUAGUCACCGCUGAGCUAUUCAUGGCGAAGCAGUCUCUCGCGGAGAUAAAACAACAGUUCAACAUCUCCGUGGAAGAAAGGCUAGCUGAGCUUCAAAGGGCAGAGGAUGCAGAGUGUGCGUCCAUGGUUAACUCCCAAAAGAUCAAAGACAUGACGAAGGAGAUCGCAGAGAUGCGUGACAUUGCUGAGAAAUUGAUGUCCGAUGCAGCCAAGAAAACAGAGGAAACGGAAAAGAUAAACGAGGAGAGCCUUGCGGCGCAAGAAACCUACGCGGCGAUGAAACGAGAGGCUGAGCAGAGGCUAGAGGACUUGAGGCGAGAUUGUGACCCUGAACUGAGGAACGACAUCGAUGAGCUAACGGAGAUAACCGCAGAGAACGAGCGUUUACAGGAGGAGAUCAAACUUGCUCGUGAGCUCAAAGAGGCCAAGCGUGAGAUGCAAGAGAUCUGUGACGAAGAGAGAUCAUACAAAAGCUUGGUGGGAUCACUCACGGUGGAACUGGACGGAUUGCAGAGAGAGAACAGAGAUUUGAAAGGAAAGGAGAAGGAGAGACAAGAAGUUGAAGAUGGAGAAUGGGUUGAAGUCAAAGAAAUCAUGCGUGAAGCAGAGAGAACAAGAGAAGAAGCAGAAGAGACGAGAAUGCAAGUCGAUGAGCUCAGGAGGGAAGCAGCAGCCACGCAUAUGGCGAUGGGUGAAGCGGUGAAGCAGCUAGAGAUAGUUGGAAGAGCGGUGGCGAAAGCGAAAACCGCGGAGAAGAGAGCUGUGGAAGACAUGAGAGUACUUACUGAUAAGAAGGAGAGCUUGACGCAUGAUGAGCCCGACAAGAAGAUUAGGAUAUCGUUGAAAGAGUACGAUGAUCUGAGAGGGAAGCACGAAGAGUCAGAGAGGAUGGUGCAGUACAAAGCGAAGACGGUUGCUGCUCAGCUGGAAGAGAUCAAGGAGAGCAGAGUAGAAGGUGAGAAAAUGUUGGAGGAGAAGAUGAAAGAGAUUGAAGAGGUAAAGGCUGCGAUUGAUGGUGCAUUGAGAAAAGCAGAGAUUGCAGAGGAAGCACACUGCAUCGUCGAUGCUGAACUUAGAAAAUGGAAACCACAAGAAUUGUAG